AGCGGUUCGUCCGAGUUCACACAACCCGACCGGGCCGACUCAACCGGGUUGAGCGGAUUCGAAACAUUCCAAUAAACCAAAUUGCAUAAACCUAUUUCACGUCCGUUUUCCUGGUGAUUCUCCUUCUCAUCUUCGCCUCCAAAUCAAUCAUAAUCACACAAUUUUCCUUGUUUCGUAAAUCCUAACCCUCAAAAAUUUCAAGAAAAUAUAUCUUGGGGUUUGAUUAAUUUUUCUAUUUAUUAACGUAAUCACACAAUUAUUGUUGGUAAAUCUUGAUUUUGUUCAUCUUGGAGUUUGGUUGUUCCACUCUGCAAGCUGGCUAUGGAUUACGAACCGUAUGAUAGCAGUGGAACAGAUGAUGAUCUCCCCCCACCACAUCAAAAUAGGAUUCCGAGAGGUGGUGGCCGCAUGAAUGGAAAUGGGAGAUCUGCUGUCAUGGCUUCUGUACCCUACCAAAGGAUUUAUGGCGAAACUGACAUGGAGGCCCAAAUUCACCAGCUUGAGCAAGAAGCAUACAGUUCGGUUCUAAGAGCCUUUAAAGCUCAAGCUGAUGCCAUUUCUUGGGAGAAAGAAAGUUUGAUAACGGAGUUAAGGAAAGAGUUAAGAUUGUCCAAUGAAGAACAUAGAGAACUUCUUGGUAGAGUUAAUGCUGACGAUGUCAUCCGAAGAAUAAGGGAGUGGAGGCAAUCAGGAGCUCAUCAACCUAGUAUGCUUGGCACUGGUCAAGCUAUUCAUGACCCAUUACCCAGUCCUUCUGUCUCAGCUUCACGGAAGAAACAGAAGAUAGCUCCAUCUUUACCACCACAGUCCUUUGCUGGACCAUCUCCUGCUUUUCACCCUCCUGCUCUGGCUGCUGCAAAUCAGCCAUCUUCAUCUGCUGCCAAGAGAGGGCCCAUGAUGGGGCCUAAGGGCAAAAAAAGUAAAUCUGGCCAGAUGAUGCCUAGUGCAUCUUCAAUGAAAAUGCAGUACCCGCCCUCCGGUCCAUUUGGAAGAGGCCAACUCGAUAAUCGGGUUUCUGAAUCUGCUAAAGCAUUAUCAGUUGAUUCAUUGAUUGGAAGGAAAGUAAGAACUAGAUGGCCUGAUGACAAUAAUUUUUAUGAGGCAGUCAUUACUGACUAUAACAAAGCUGAGGGGAGACAUGCUCUUGUUUAUGACAUGAGUACUGCAAAUGAGACUUGGGAAUGGGUCAAUCUUUCAGAGAUUUCUCCAGAAGAUAUUCAGUGGGAGGGAGAAGAUCCAGGAAUUUCUCGUCAUGGAAAUUAUGGUGGAUCAGGCCGUGGUGUGAAUAGGCCUGUAGGGCGUGAUAGUGGUCCAGGUGUAGGGAGGGGAAGGGGGUUGGCUAAACCUCAGUCCAGAAAAGGCUUUCCACCAUCACAGAAUGGAGGAAAGAAGGGAUCUGAUGAUAUCCAGUUACUUAACACAGAAACACUGAUUAAAGAGGUGGAGAGGGUCUUUGGCGCUAGUCAUCCAAAUCCUACGGAGGUCGAGAAGGCAAAGAAAGUGCUAAAGGAGCAUGAGGAAGCACUUCUGGAGGCCAUCUCAAGGCUCGGAGAGGUCUCUGAUGGCGAGAGUGGAUUAUUUCAAUUUGAGGUCAAGUUCAAUUUAUCUCCCGAAGCGCAAUAUUUACAUCCCGUAUUUAAAGACGAGGCAUUUUUGGAAAAAUUAUCUUUCAAGGCAGUAAAUGAAAAAAGAAGGCAUGAACAUUUCAUGCAAGUAACGAACCGGGAAUGACAGGGAUACCAUGAUGGUAACUGUGUGGUACAUAUAAGCAAGCUGUAGCACGAGCCACUGAAAUAACAACGAAAUGGAGCAAAGGUGAUUCAUGUAUUAUUUUAGAUGGUGGUUUGCCCCCUGUUAUGAAACAACAGAAUGAUUUUAGGUCAGUUGUAUAAUGUCAUGUUCAAGGAAAGCUUUUGCUGACAUUAUGUUAUUGUAGUCUAGUUUUUGUCUGCAUAGGCCUGUCCGUAGUUGGAUUAUUGUUUCAUCUAGUGGCAGUUUAGUGUUCUUGUAAAAUUAAACCGUAGCAAUUUAACGUGUGAUCAUGUAAAAAAAGAAGGUUCUCUGUUGAUGCAUUGGUGCUGUAACUGUGAAAUUGAACAGCUUAAUUAAUUAUUCUUGAGUUGUUCUUUUGA